GGGCGGGGCGCGGGCACCCGGGGGCGGAGGACCUGGGGAGGCGGGAGGCGGGAGGCGGGAGGYGCCGGGGCCGUUUAAGCGGCCUCCCUCCCGCCCCCAGCCGCCCGAUCUGGCCCCGGCCCUGUCCCGACCCCCAGCGUGGUCCACUCCGGCCCAGCGGCUCCACCGGGCACGCAGGCGGCCUCUGGAGCAGCCCAARCCCAUGAGGGCCGCGCGCCCCGCCGCCGGUGCUGACGAGACGGAGCUCCCGGCCCCCGAGGAGGAGCGGAGGAUCAAUGCGGUUCAAGAAUCGAUUCCAGCGUUUCAUGAACCAUCCAGCUCCAGCCAAUGGCCGCUACAAACCAACUUGCUAUGAACAUGCUGCUAACUGUUACACACAUGCAUUCCUCAUUGUUCCGGCCAUUGUGGGCAGUGCCCUCCUCCAUCGGCUGUCUGAUGACUGCUGGGAAAAGAUAACAGCAUGGAUUUAUGGAAUGGGCCUUUGUGCCCUCUUCAUCGUUUCCACAGUAUUUCACAUUGUAUCAUGGAAAAAGAGUCACUUAAGGACAGUGGAGCAUUGUUUUCACAUGUGUGAUAGAAUGGUAAUUUAUUUCUUCAUUGCAGCAUCUUAUGCUCCAUGGUUAAAUCUCCGUGAACUUGGACCCCUGGCAUCUCAUAUGCGUUGGUUUAUCUGGCUCAUGGCAGCUGGAGGAACCAUUUAUGUAUUUCUCUACCAUGAAAAGUAUAAAGUGGUUGAGCUCUUCUUCUAUCUCACAAUGGGAUUUUCUCCUGCCUUGGUGGUGACGUCAAUGAAUAACACCGAAGGACUUCAGGAACUUGCCUAUGGGGGCUUAAUUUAUUGCUUGGGAGUUGUGUUCUUCAAGAGUGAUGGCAUCAUUCCCUUUGCCCACGCCAUCUGGCACCUCUUUGUGGCCACAGCAGCUGCCGUGCACUACUACGCCAUUUGGAAAUACUUAUACCGAAGUCCUACAGACUUUAUUCGACAUUUAUGACCAGUCUGGACUAGGUCUCCAAACAGUAUUAUCUCAACUGUGGCACUUGGGAGUGGGGUAAGAGCUGAAAAUUGCACAGGGAAAAAAAAAAGCAAUGCACUGACUUUCUUUAUAUCUUUUGAAUAUAAUUACUGUGAAAGGUUAAAAGCUGCGUUCUGGAUUUCCCCCCUCACAGCAAACAAAUAAAGCAGUGAGUUCAUUAUUCAUUCCAUUCCACUAUCAUGAAGGACUCUGGAUAGACUUUGGCCAACUGAUGUUUACAAACCAGAAUUUUGUAUUUUAAUUUUACAGAUUUUACUACAUGAUUUUUCUAAAUUAGUAGGUCAGGUUGUAAAAGUCAGUGCAAUAACAAAACUUCCUUUGUAAGAAAAAAAAUUCUUUYUAUCACUUUCCCAUUCACUGUGUAAAGAAUCAUGAACAGAACUUACACUACUUUUUACCAUGUUUCAUCUUGGCAUAACAUGGUUAUUUUUUAAAUAGAAACUUUAGUUUUUUGUAAAUUUUUUAAAAAUACUUCAUUGACCUGCUUCUCUGCGGUUCCUCAUUCAUGUUGUGAAUUUUUGCAGCAAGCAGUCAACAUUCCACAAAUGAACAAACAUUAUACCUCUUCUGAUAGUUUUAUGAAGUGUGGAAAAAUUGCCAAUUUUUAAAAACUGCAGUUUUCCAAACUUUUCUGCCAACCUCUGACUCUGAAUUCAGUGCUGCUUUGGGCCAUACACUUGACACAGUUUGGCUUACCAGUGAUGGAAAAGCAUUUUGAUAUCAUUAACUUUUUCAAAAGAUCCAACUUUUCUCUAUGCCUUUGCCAUGUUUUCUUCAGGGUCUCUUUCAACAGUGGAUGAGUAUUCUAUGUGUUAUGCUAGUAUUGUUGGGCUGGCCAUCCGCUGAAAACUUCUCAAGAGCAUUAUGAAUUACAGUGAAGAGUGGUAUUGCCUGUUCUGUGCCCAACAGGUUAGGUCACUGUCACUUAGUUAAUAGUAUCAGUUUGAUAUUCAUUUUAAAUUGUGAAAUCAGAUUAUAAAUUCACAUUUCUGCCUUUCCUCUGCAUCUCCCGAUAUACUUUUUUUUAAAAAACUAUAAAAAUAUUUAAAGCAUUGUUUGACAGGUAGAAACUUGUAUCUGUAGUCCAUGAGUUAUAUCCUGGCUCAAUGGAGUAGUAUUUAUAUAUUAUUUUUGUUUUUCCUCAGUGUGUUGUAUUAYAGCUAAUGUGUUAGUUGCUUUGUUGGUUAACCUCUCUUGUUGGUGUUGUAAGAAAUGAAAUAACCUUGCCCUUAGUUCGGGUGCCAAUACUGCCUAUUUUCUAGCAAUGCACUUGCUCAAUGGAAUUGUUGAAUUGGUAAUUAGCUUAUUAAUUCAAAUUUUGUACUGACGUAGCUUUAAAAGAGAGUUUAUUUUGUGUGUAUGUUUAGAACUCUAUGAUUUUGGUAAAUUAUUGGGGAAUAGAACUGAUGUUUGCCGAUGAGUUCUUAAUUAGGCAAGGUACCCAUGACAUCACCACCCAGACCACCUCUAUCUGCAUGAUUCUGAACAUCUGGAUGCCUGUUGUUUUACUGUGUGUAUUUUAUUUUAACAUAUGAAGUUUUGUAGAUUGAUUUAAAAAUCUGCUUWAAAGUUACACUGUCAAAAACCACUAAAAUGUAUGUAAAAAUUGUGCUGUAGAUUAGAAUAAAAUUGUUACUUGGAUUUAUUCCA